AUGGCAAUUAAGGAAAAGUAUCAGCUUACCAAUGAUAUAAAGAAAACCAACAGAAUAAAUAAACCGGAUCAUAAAUCAGCGGUUCGAAAAGACUUUAAAGAUAUUAAAAAUGAGACUGUACUUGACGCUCAACCUCAGAAUGAAGCAAGUAAAAGAGAUUUAGUUGAAUUAAAGGAAAAGAGUAUAUUUUAUGAUAAGGAUUGGAAUGCAGAAGGUAAGGCCCCCUUCGAUCUUCGGAAUAUUCCUUACAACUCUAAGACGUUUGUACGAAGAGGGCCCCCAAUCAACCCCAUGUUAGCUGGCUUGGAUACAACAAAUAUUCCUGAACCUAUUGAGUCAAACCACUAG